AUGGAGAUCAACUCUGUCAACACACUCUUCAAGCGGGAAGGUGAUGCCUGUGAUACCGGAAAUGAAUUCGACGGCCGGAUGGGCCUUCGGAUCUCGUCCAUCUUCGUCAUUCUUGUCGGAUCCUCGUUCGGGGCUCUGUUCCCCGUCUUUGCCCGUCGUUGGAGCAAAAGGAGCGGCUUCCCUGGCUGGAUUUUCUUCAUUGCCAAAUACUUUGGCUCCGGAGUCAUCAUCGCAACUGCUUUUAUUCACCUGUUGGCGCCGGCCGAGGAAGCUUUGACCAACCCCUGUUUGACUGGGCCGAUUACCGAAUACAGCUGGGUGGAGGGCAUCGUUUUAAUGACUAUCAUUGUCCUGUUCUUCGUGGAGUUAAUGGUCAUGCGGUUCUCCCACUUUGGUGCAGGCCACUUGCAUGACGAGGAAGGUCACUCCCACACCCAGAUUGACGAGCCUUCCGUUGUCGAAGAAGUAGGCGAAAACAAAAGUCACCAUCACCACAAUCAUCUAAUGCCCGGCGAGGAUCAUCUCGGCCACUCCCGCGAACACCACGACUCCGAUGAUGAUGAGAAAGACAUUGCUGCCAUCGAGGACUACACCGCCCAAUUGACUUCGAUUUUCAUCCUGGAAUUCGGCAUUAUCUUCCACUCAGUCUUCAUUGGUCUCACGCUUGCCGUGUCUGGCGCCGAGUUCACCACCCUCUAUAUUGUCUUGGUCUUCCACCAAACCUUUGAAGGUCUGGGUCUGGGAUCCCGACUUGCCCUGCUGCCCUGGCCGCGCUCGAAGCGCCACACGCCCUACUUCCUGGGGCUGGCCUUCGGUAUCUCGACUCCUAUUGCCAUCGCCAUCGGCCUUGGUGUUCGCGAGAGCUACCCGCCCGAGGGACGGACCACGCUGAUUGUCAAUGGCGUGUUCGACUCCAUCUCAGCCGGUAUCCUGAUUUAUACCGCACUCGUCGAGCUGAUGGCGCACGAAUUCAUGUUCAGUCACUCGAUGCGCAAAGCUCCGAUCCGUGACGUACUGGCUGCGUUCAUCCUGCUGUGCUUGGGUGCUGCUCUCAUGGCUCUUCUAGGCAAGUGGGCGUAG